GCGCCGUGGGCAGCCGCCCCUCACCCUCGACGGGCUCACUUCCGGGCCUCAUCCCGUGGCCAUACCAGGCUGGUUCCAGCCCCAGGCUGGCCGCCGCAGACGCCCCCGACCCCAUGGAGGAGUGGGACGUGCCCCAGAUGAAGAAGGAGGUGGAGAGCCUCAAGUACCAGCUGGCCUUCAAGCGGGAAAUGUCAUCCAAGACCAUCCCCGAGCUCCUCAAGUGGAUCGAGGAUGGGAUCCCCAAAGACCCGUUCCUGAACCCCGACCUCAUGAAGAGCAACCCGUGGGUGGAGAAGGGCAAAUGCGCCAUCCUGUGACCCCGGCCCCGCCCUGACUGACGCCCCGGGAAGUGUCGUGUGUCGCUUUUAUAAAGCCUUCCAAGGACCA